AUGAUGGUGAUGGGCUACUUCCGGGCGCCCAAGAAGGUACGUGGUGGGAGGAAGAAGCAGAAGGACGCGGCGGCGCAAGAGGAGGCCGCGGGGCUCCGGGAGGCGCUGCUGGAUCAGCCAGGCGAGAGCUCGCUGCCGAAGGGGUACUUCGCCGUGUACGUCGGCGAGGAGGCGCGGCGGUUCGUGGUGCCCACGGGGUACCUCCGGGAGCCGGCGUUCCGGGACCUCAUGGAGCGCGCCGCCGACGAGUUCGGCUUCGCGCAGGCUGCUGGGCUACACGUGCCCUGCGCCGAGGAGGACUUCGAGGAGCUGCUCCGCCAGCUCGGCCGCAAGAACGGCGGCUCCGGCAGCGGCAGAGGGAAGAAGGCCAUUUAG